AUUGCCUUGUCAGCAAUCCGUGCUCAAAAUCACUAUAAAUACCAGCACUAUCAGACCUUCAACCAUCACUCAAAGUAUCAAAUCACUGAUAUCGAAUCACAUAUUGUUGUGCAAAGCCUUCAUUGUGUGUUCACUUGGCACUAGCAUUAUGGCAGAUCAGUACCGGAAAGAGAUCAAAGAGAACCAUGCAGCAGCGAAGGUGGAAGAAGAGCCUGCUACUGGCUGUGGGAUGUUUGAUUUCUUGAAGAAGAAGGAAAAUGAGAUGCCCCAACCUGAAGAACAGAAGCAUACCCUGGCUGAAAAGCUCCACCACCAUGAUGGCAGCAACUCUAGCUCAUCUAGCAGUGACGAAGAAGGUGGGGAGAAGAAAAAGAAGGGACUGAAGGGUAAGAUCAAGGAGAAGAUCACGGGCAAAAAGGAUGAGGAAGAUGCUUACCAUGCACCCAUUCCCGCUGCAAAGAGUGGAGUAACAAAUGGUGAGGAGAAGAAGGGAUUCAUAGAGAAAAUUAAAGAAAAGCUUCCUGGACAGCACAAGGAAGCAGAAGUUAGUGCCCCUCCCGAGUAUCAUGCUCCACACGAAGGUGAGCCAAAGGAGAAAAAAGGAAUCAUGGAGAAGAUUAAGGAGAAGCUCCCUGGUGGUAACAAGAAUGAAGAGGAGAAACCCAAGGAGUACUAACAUGCAGGAGAUAUGGAACCAAUAAAUGUUUAGGUGUUAGUAGUAGUGCUAGCUAGCUAUGAUGUUUGCCUGUAACGUGUCUUGCUUGUGUUCCUUUCUGUACCUGUAAAAGUGUUCGCUUGUAAUCUGUAUUGUUUAUUGUCCUCUGUACUUACGGAAAUUUCAUGUGUUGUGCCUGUUAGGCAUGUUG